AAAUUGCGCUUAAUGUCGGCUGAGAGAGUGACAAGUGAGAAGUGAUCCCGUUGGGCUUUGUAGAAAGUGAGGUUAAGUCGCGCCGACGUCGCCUCGCCUCCCUUUCACCAAACAGGCGUAUUUUGAAUAUUUAUCUGGGAAACAAUUGUUCCCUCUAUUCUCAGUCAUGACGCUCACAAAUAAGAUGGACAUCGACGAGAAGAGUGCUAAAGGGGAAGGCUUUAAACCGUAUUACAUUACGAAGAUCGAGGAAUUGCAGCUGAUUGUUGCGGAAAAGAGUCAAAAUCUAAGGAGAUUGCAAGCGCAGCGUAAUGAACUCAACGCUAAAGUACGCAUGCUACGAGAGGAAUUGCAACUCCUGCAGGAACAGGGUUCCUACGUAGGAGAAGUAGUCAAACCCAUGGACAAGAAGAAGGUCCUGGUCAAGGUACAUCCGGAAGGCAAAUUUGUGGUGGACAUAGACAAGAACAUCGACAUCAACGACGUGACGCCAAACUCCCGUGUCGCUCUGCGCAAUGAGAGUUAUACUCUGCAUAAAAUACUGCCGAAUAAGGUCGAUCCGCUCGUCUCUCUCAUGAUGGUGGAGAAAGUGCCGGAUUCCACGUACGAAAUGGUCGGAGGUUUGGAUAAGCAGAUAAAGGAGAUAAAGGAGGUCAUAGAAUUGCCGGUCAAGCAUCCGGAAUUGUUUGACGCUCUCGGAAUUGCGCAGCCUAAAGGUGUACUGCUUUAUGGACCGCCAGGCACCGGCAAGACUCUACUGGCAAGAGCGGUCGCGCAUCAUACCGAAUGCACCUUCAUUCGCGUAUCCGGAUCCGAAUUGGUGCAGAAAUUUAUCGGAGAAGGUUCGCGUAUGGUUCGUGAACUUUUCGUAAUGGCGAGAGAACACGCGCCGUCUAUAAUAUUCAUGGACGAAAUCGAUUCCAUCGGUAGUUCUCGAAUUGAAUCUGGAUCCGGUGGCGAUAGCGAAGUACAACGUACCAUGUUAGAAUUGCUUAAUCAAUUGGACGGUUUUGAAGCAACGAAGAACAUAAAGGUUAUUAUGGCUACAAACAGAAUUGAUAUCUUAGAUCCGGCAUUGUUGCGGCCUGGGCGUAUUGAUCGCAAGAUCGAGUUUCCACCUCCAAAUGAAGAGGCCAGAUUAGACAUCUUGAAGAUUCACUCUAGGAAAAUGAAUUUGACACGUGGGAUAAAUCUGAGAAAGAUAGCUGAACUUAUGCCCGGUGCAUCAGGAGCAGAAGUCAAGGGUGUUUGCACAGAAGCUGGAAUGUAUGCUCUUAGAGAACGUCGAGUUCACGUAACUCAAGAAGAUUUUGAGAUGGCUGUGGCAAAGGUGAUGCAAAAGGAUUCUGAGAAGAAUAUGUCGAUCAAGAAAUUAUGGAAAUAAUCAGCUUUGCAAUUUUUUCAAUGUCAUAUUAAUGAUAAUCUAUUACUGUAUUCCUUCUUAAGCAAAUUAUUUUAACCAAAUAGCAAAAGCAGUGUAUUUAAGACGUGUAAAAAUAGAGACCUCAUUUAUAAAAUUAUAAGAACAAUAAAACUCUAUUAUAAUACCAAAA